GUUGAGUAGAGGAAACCGCAAAGAAAGCACCUGUCAUUUUUAGGAUUAACUCGGUUGCUGUUUAAAAAAAUAAAAAAUAAAAGGUUUUCUGUAUUUAAAAAAAAAGCUGAUAUCCGACUAUGAGCAAGCUCUGGAUCCACUUCCCCUACAUCAUUGCAGUAUGUCUAAACCAUGCAGCUCUUACUUCAGCAGUGCAGGUGACUUCAACAGGACCUCAGACCAUAAAGAAAGCCCAGGGGGAGACUCUGACUUUGGGCUGCACAUACACCCUCGCUGCCACAGAUGUAGGAGACCUGGACAUUGAGUGGACAAUCGUCAGCCAAGACAUGACCCAGAAAGAUCAGCUGAUCUUAUCCUACACUGGAGGGAAACAGUACCAGCUGGGAAGCCCCGACCUGAUGAGUCGCUUUAAGUUUGUUGCUGAUCCAAGUCGCGGCGACGCCACUGUCAACAUGACCAACCUCAAGGCGCCGGACACGGCCACGUACCAGUGCAAAGUGAAGAAAACCCCCGGCAUCGACACGAGGAAAAUCACAUUAGUUGUGCUGGUACGACCAUCACGUCCUAAGUGCUGGGUGGACGGUAGCGAGGAGAAAGGCGGAAGUGUUUCGCUCCGCUGCGCAUCCUCCCAGGGUUCAUCACCUCUAAAAUACACAUGGACCAAAGAAACUGGACAAUUGCCACCAACCUCAACACCGAAUUCUCAGACCGGCGAGCUGCUAAUCAGAAACCACAGUGAGAGCUACACAGGGAACUACUUCUGUGAGGUCAGCAAUGAAGUCGGCAGAGAGCGAUGCACAUACGCCCUUCGAGCAUAUAACCCGGUCAAUAAAGCGGGGGUGAUUGCUGGAGCUGUGAUUGGUUCGUUGCUCUUGUUGCUCCUCCUAAUUUUGCUGAUCUUGCUCCUGAUUUGCUGCUGCUGCAAGCGACGAAAAGAAAAAGAGGCUGCCAAUGAGAUCAGGGAGGACGCCGCCGCUCCAGACAGUCGUCCAGGAAGCCGAUACUCCAGCUUCCGCUCUGUAACGAAGUACAACGUCCAUCCGGGGAUCAAUUACAGCGCUGUGGGCCCGGCGGGCAACAUGUCGCGGGUGGGAUCGGGACAUAGCAGCACUCACACCGAGCCAAGCAGAGUCCAGAGAGAAGCCAGCAUGAUGGCCUCUGAUCACAGGCCGGCUCUCGCAUACGACAGCAAAUAUGGAUACCCCGUAUAAUCUCUGAUGUCCUGCCAGGGGACACACACAUGGAAAUACUGCAAUACUGUGCAACACCAGCACAAGAUUUGAGGAAUGUUCACUUUACAGAUAGAGAUCUGCAAAUAUAUGUACUAUACGCUGGAAAAAACAUAUUCAUUGCACUGAAAUUUUUUAUUUUUUUUUUCAAAGUCAAGUGGUUGCAAACAAUUUACAUUUUAAGUUCUAUUGAAGAAUUAUCAGCCCUCUUGUGAUUAUUUUUUUCCUUUUUAAAAAAUUUCCGAAAUGAUGUUUAACAGAGCAAGAAAUUUUUCACAGUAUUUUCUAUAUUUUUUUUCUUCUGGAAAAAAAGUAUUUUGUUUUAUUUCGGCUAGAAUAAAAGCAGGUUUUUUUUGCAGUGGUUCCCAACCUUUUUUUUUCUGAGACCCCCUUUUCCACCGGAAACUAUUGUAAGGCCCCCCUCAACAUUUAAUGAUCUUAUCGCUCAUAAGUUUGCAGUAAGGAUGACAAAAAAAAUGUUGUUUUAAAACAAACAGUAUGUUUAUUACUAUAUAUAGAAAUGUUUAUGCACAAAUAAUAGCCUAAUGUAAAAUAUUAAAGCAAAACCUCAGCAUGGCAUUUGUAACUGAAAAACUUAAGCAUUUGGCCUUUAAAUUAGCCCUAUAUUAGUUGCUAAUUAGUUGCCAAUUUUUUUUUAAGUUUUGUCAGUAGCUGUGAUGUCCCUCAUCUCAUUUUGGGUGUCUCAAUUCUUUUUCCUUGCACUCAAAAAAAUGUGGGCUUGUCGUGUUAUUGGGGACUAGUCGUCUGCAAAUGUCUUAUUAAUUUGGACAGCUUCAUUCAUUCUUAGCAAAAAAUUUUGGUGCAGAUAAUGCACUGUGGCUGGGUCAGGAACUCUUUGCUUCGAGAAAAUGGAAUAAAACCAUCAUUCAGGUAACUAUCUUGGUAUUUCCUGCAUUUCGUGUUUCCAGUAUUGCUAGCGCUGCAACCCGAAAUGUUUGGAACUUCCUCACCUGGGUCCAGUAUGCUUGGGUCAUUAGUAUUAGCGGCUGAAGGUGAAUCAGUGAGACAGUCAUUUUUUGUGGAGGACAUAAUCCAAAUUUGCUAAUUUUUGGUCAGCCAGGGGAUAAAAAAACGAAAGCAACAUGAUCAUGGUCCUAACUGUCCACUGCUAUUAAGUUUACAAAUAUGAAGCAACCCCCCCCAUAGAGAUCGCUGAGGCCCCCUUGUGGGCCGGGACCACCCUGUUAGAAACCGCUGGUCUACAGCAGUGGUUCCCAAAGUGGGCCACAGGACAUGGGGUCGCUUGGUGAUUUCCAAAAGUCAAAUAAACUUAUUUAACCUCCUAAACUCUGCGUACCCAGCCAGGUCUGUGACAUCACGUGCCAUCACCACAGUCCAAAGACAUGUGGUACAAGUGAAUCGGGUAAUUAAUAAAUGGUUAUAAAAUGUCAACAUGCUCAUGUUUAUAUAGGCCUAUUGUUGUGUGUGCAAUGUUUGUAUAUUUAUAAUCACCUCCGAGGAAUUUGGGGGUCGCGAGUCACUGGCAUUGUUAUUUUAGGGGUCCCGGGCUGAAAUGUUUGGAAAUCCUGGCCUGCAGAAGCACCAUCGUUAAAUAGUGACUUGCCUAAUUACCUGAAUUUUCAGCCCAUAUAAAUCGUUUGCAACCACUUACCUUAAAGUGUAGUAAAUGCAAUGAAUCUUUUUUUGUUUUUUGAUAGUUUUGUAUGAGUGUUUUAUACACAUUUGCAGGUGGAAUAUGGUGCGUUUUAUGAGAUUAUGGUCAUGUGAAUAUAUUAACUAACCUUUUAAUUCCUUUAAAACAAGAAACUCAUUCUGUUUAAGAUUGAAAGUAAAGAUUUAAGGGGUAUCCAGAUAGUUGUUUACUAUAUAGGGCUGCUUGGCAAGGAUUAUUUUAAAUGAAUUAUUAAUUAGCCUACACAAGUGUUUUAAAUAGUAAAAUUGUUCUUAAAAUGUAAAUAUACUGUGAAAAUUGAAUAUUCUGAUAUUGUAGCCUAUAAAAUAUUAGAAAUCUGAAAUAGUAGAAAAUAUAUAAAGAUAAUAUUUUACAUUUUAUCAUGAAGAUUUUUUUUAUAUACUAGAAACCGUUUCUACACCAUUUUGUCAGGGUCUUUAUGUAGGGUGUAUGAUUAAUUGUGUUUUCAAAUGUUUAUUUAUGUGUUCAUAUGUUUAUAUUAGCAAUUAUUUUCCAAUCAUUAGUUUAAUGAACCUGACUGCACAUGAAGUGUUUAUUUUAUUUUAUUUUUAUAUUUUUUCUGAGUAUGAAGAGCAGUCUGAGCAAUUGGGCUAGAAAGUUGUUUUUGAUAUGUGAAAAUGAUAUGACACAUCCUGUUCCUGUUUUCGCCUCAAGUAAAUUUUAUUCAUAAAGCACUUUUCACAAAGGA